UUUAAACUAGUGAUGUUGAUGUGGUUAUUUUACUUUUUUGUCAGUUUAUCAAGCAAUAAUUUUCAUUGAUAUUAUAUUUUGCAUUUUUACUUAGCUGCAUUCGUUCCAAUUUUUAUUUUUAGAGAUAUAAACAGGUGUAAUGGUGUUCCAAUGAAAUUACUGGAAAUGAUUUAUUUUCAUCGUGUGCUCUUGGGUGUGUGUGGGUUGAUAGUGUUGAUGAUGUUCGCAUAUUACAACCUGCUAACUUAUCAUGUGCAACGUAUAUUUUCACAAAGAAUGUAUAUGUAUGGAUUCACCCACAACUUACAUGGUAACAUCUUAUCGCCUCCUGGAACUUUCAAAUUUGAGAAGGUUGCUCACGAGCCAGAUAAUUUACCAGACAAAGCACCGAUAUACCUACUCAUUUUGAUUAGUUCAAGUCCACAUAAAGGAAAACACACUGACUUACGAGAAGCUAUACGACGAACUUGGGGCUUUUGUGGAGGAUUGAGUGUACACAAAGGCGAAUAUAAGGAUGCUAUAAAAAGCCAAAAAAAUAUUUCCUGCAAAGUAUUCUUUUAUAUGGGUAGAAGUCGUGCUGUUGGAAGGGAUGCAUCAAGUAUAGCUGAACUGGAGAAAUAUCAGGAUUUAGUUAUAGGUGACUUUCUGGACAGUUAUCAUAACAUGACACGAAAAAUGAUGUUCGGUUUAAAUUGGGCGUUUCAAAAAUUUAAUCCGCAAUUUGUCAUGAAAGCAGACGAUGAUGUUUAUAUAAAUGUCCCACAACUAAUAAAUCUAGUAAACACAAAAUACGCCCAUAUUGAGAACUUGUAUGGCGGGCAUGUUUAUUAUGCCAGUGUGAUCAGAGACGAAACGCACAGGCAUUAUUUAACAAGAGACGAAUAUCCCAACGAUUGGUACCCACCAUAUAAUAAAGGCGCCCAAUUGAUUAUUUCAGGCCAUUUACUAGGUAAACUUUUAACCAUGUCUACUCGCAUGAAAAGAUUUCAAAUUGAUGAUGCUUAUCUUGGCAUUCUUAUGAACCAUAUCGGUGUGCUUCCUGUGAAGGUGAAAGAAUUUAUACAAAACCAGUGGCUUACUUAUUUUGUUCGUUGGAUAAGUACCUGCGAUUUAAAAGCUAUGGUUGGAAUUGGAGACAACUUCACUCCUUCACAAAUGAAUUAUAUACAUUCUGUUGUGCAUCAUAAAGCAUCAUGGUAUUGUGUUCGUCUCGAUUACCUAGCGUAUUAUUUGUUGUUUUUAUUCGUUUUCAUAUUGUUCAUUUUGCUAUUUAUGAGGCAAAGGUAUUGUCCUUGGCUGACCAUACCAAUUUUAGCUCAUUCUUUCAAUAUAUUUGUGAAGCGCAUUUGCAAGUAGUUUCAGGUAUUUAAUUUUUUUUACUUUGUCCAUGUUCUUACUGUUGUUUUUAGGGAGUUUUUUGUUAGAAAAAUGGGGAAAAAAAUUGCUAAAUAUGAGCAAUUUCAAAUUAUUUUAAUUUCUUGAGAAAUAUCUUGGUUUAUUCUGCUAUGCAAUAACAAAGAGUGUUGUGUCACCUCCAGAAAUUGUUGUUCUUCUUUUGGGUAUGAGGGCUAACCAGAUAUACCUUUCUCAUUAAUUUUUUAGUUUUUAAGAGCAGAUGUUUUCACUUUGUUAUCCAAAAUGUUUUUAUGAAAGAUUUUUUUUAUAUAUAUAUCUUGUGUAUAAAAUUGAUUAAUGGAAAUUAUAAAUGAUAUUCUUCAGAAGAAAUAA